AUGCUUCCUAUUGAUUGUUUUUUUUCACUGUUUCAGAGAUUUCUAGAAUCUCUAAACUUGAAUUAUAUGAUGAUUUUCCGUUACAGUAAUCAACACCCACCAUCACAUGACCGAAUGAUGAGGCAUCGACGACGUUCGAUUUUCCUAUCGCUCAUUCUUCUUUUCUCCUCAACAUCUACAGUAAUCUGCCAAGAACCCCAAAUAUCUGAUCAACCAAUUGUCUCAAAUCAUGCUCCGGUUCUUCAAGUCUCGUCUACAGAAGGCUUUUUGGCUGAAACUGCUGAAAUUGGGACGACGGUCCGAGUUUCUCCCAAUUCUCAAUCCGAAUCGCUGCAGAUUUUGGUGAAUGAUGAGGAUUUGCAACCCGGAAUGCCUCCAGCCACCUAUCAGUACAUUUUGACGGGUCUCGGAGCCACGAUUUUCGCUGUCGAUCAGAGAGGAUAUGUCUACCUAAAUGUGCCAAAGAUUGAUGCGGACCCGCCAAAUCCAUCCACUUAUCAGUUGAAUGUGGAAGCUCGCGAAGUGAACACAAUCCCAACGCGUCGUAGUGAUCCAGUCACGAUAACCAUUCACAUUUUGGACGUCAACGACAAUUCUCCUCAAUUCGAACAACCGAUUUAUAUGGCAAAUACGACUGCUAGUGGAGAGGAACGAGAUGUUGUUAGAGUAGUGGCAACUGACGUCGAUUCUGGAGCUUUUGGACAAGUUAGCUAUGCCAUUGCUCAGGUAACCAAUGGAGCCGAAGACAAAUUCCGCUACGAGUCAGCCACAAACAUGCUUCUAGCCACUGGAAACCUGGUAGCUGGCGAGAGAUACCAAGUUGUCAUCGAAGCUACCGAUGGAGGAGGCAGAAGCUCCCAGGCCAUCGUUAUUGUACUCGCAAUGGACCCAACACAACUGACAUUCAGUUCGCUGGCACCACUUCCUGGCAUGGAGACGUUUAUGCCGAAUCCAAUAGCAAUGGCGACUACACCAGGGACGAUGGUCACUAGUGCAGAAUCCGAAGAAACCAUUCAAACAUUUGUUACCGAAGUCAACGAGAACACGCCGGCAAACACUGUUGUGGUUUCAUUGGGUGACGAAUCGUCAAAAGAUUUGACCUACUUUAAUAUUGUCGGAGGAAAUGAGGAGGGCAAAUUUGCUAUUGAUGAUGCGGGAACCAUCGUAACGGCUGACGAGCUGGACCGCGAGAAAACCGCCAUGUAUUCCCUACAAGUGGAAACUAGAUCUAGAAAUCCAGAUCAACAUUUAUAUUGGACACUGGUACAGGUUACGGUAAUGGAUGUGAAUGAUAACGCGCCAAUAUUCACUGAUCCACAACCAAUUCGUCUUCGAUUAAGUAUUGAUGAUAUUGAACAAUUGACAGCGAACAUGAUAAUUGGAAAAAUUGGUGUGGAGGAUGCGGAUGCUGAUGACAAUGGACGAUUGGAGUUGAGAAUCAUGCCUCCACAUAAUAAACUAUUCGCCAUUUCCAACGAAGGCAUCCUUAGCGUCAACGGAGAUUUCACAGCUGCUCAUUUCGGUGAGCACGAUUUGACAAUCGUCGCAAGAGAUCAUGGAGAACCAUCAUUGGAAACAAGAGCACGAGUUCAAAUUUCCAUUUUUGGAACAUUGAUCACAAUGGCUACGGUAGCGCCGACGAACGAGGUAUUUGAGUACACAUCAAGUGUAGAGGAGGAGCCACAAACGACGAAUCCGGACGAAUUCCUUCAAACUGUCACAAUGCCUCCAUCCACGAAAAAUCAAGUCCCUCAACAGAUUUUUUCGUCUUUCCCGGCUCCCUCGGAGCAGACAAAUGCACCGGAACCCGAAUUUCCACAAUUCCCAACAUUCCCAACACUCAGUCCACAUCCUCAGGUCGACGAGGAAACCGAAGAGGAAGAAGAAACAGAAUAUCCGGAUACUGUCCCAACCACAGGUACAGUACCCCCGACGUUCGACUAUUCCGAGGAGUACGGUCAAGAGGCGAGUAGUAGUACUGUACCACCCAGCACGCCAGAGGAAGUUCAAGGAAUCUGGUCUGAAACUCCUGAGUUCCCGGAACCCGCAUCAUCUGAAAAUCCCAUCACGGCACUUCCAGAAUUUCCAGAAUUUCCAGAAAAUGUUCUGGAAAUUUCCAGCACUUUUGCACCAGACACACCACCUGAAAUUGCACCUGAAAAUCACGAAAAUCCCGAUUCCACGUGGCAAGAAGAAACCGAAACCAGUCAGGAGCUUCCAUCUCACCCAACAACAAAAAUGGCGCCACCACCAGUCACCCAGGCUCCGCCCCCUCUCCCAGCUCAAAAGCGGCUUGCUCCAGUGUUCAAACCAUCUCAAAUUACUGUACAAAUCGAUGAGAACGAGUCACAAGUGGAAAUUACCAAAGCGCAUGCGACGUAUCCAGAUGGACUGCCAGGAACGAUUACAUAUGUUCUUCAUAAGGGAGAUUCAAGCCUUUUUUCGGUUUCUUCUUAUUCUGGAAGUGUUAAUUUGCUCAGGCCUUUGGAUGCGGAGAUGAACUCGACGGUUACCAUACAGGUUUCCACUUCGGAGGCCCAAACCCUCGAAGUGGAUCCAAAACUGGCACAUUUUGUGAGCAUUACAAUCAAUGUAGCUGAUAAGAAUGAUUGGAUUCCAAACUUCGAAAGUGCUUCAUACGAUUUUGAUGUGAAGGAAGACACACUGCCAGGAACAAUUGUGGGACAAGUCAAUGCAUUCGAUCAGGAUAGAGAUGACCCGAACAACCGUAUCAGGUAUCGCCUGUUGUCUGCCGGAGGUCUGGAGGCGCACUUCAAUGUGAACGCGGAGAGUGGACUAAUCACGUUGGCACGACCCAUUGACGCGUUUGCAGGAGAGAAGAUUACGCUCCGUAUCGAGGGAGCUGACAGUGGAAUGCCUCCGCUUUCUUCCACAACUACCGUACUCAUCAAUGUCGUCGCCACGUCAUCACAUUUGAUUCCUGACGCAUCGCCAGUUUCGAAUACACCAAACGAAGGAGAACUACAGUUCAGCUUGAGGAAUUAUACAUACCUCCUAAACGUUACCGUAACCGCUGGAUCGCAGACUGACUACGCACUGGUUUCGAUUACGGUACUCGAUGUGAAUGAUAAUGUGCCACGUUUUGUAUAUGAUUCGGAUUUGGGCCUAACAACCUAUUUUGGAGCGGUUUCUUCAGUUGCAAACGCUUUUACAAGGGUGUUGACUGUCAAGGCCGAAGAUGCGGAUCUUGGAAACUCGAGUCUUGUCAACUACGCCCUGGAUCCCCUCUCCGCCCAUUCCAAAUACUUUUCGAUUUCUCCAUUCGGUGAAAUUAGCACAAAACAGAGCAUGUCGACGAUUUUGAGCAGGAAUCGGCUCCAAUUUUUCGAGUUUAGGGUGAGUGUUUCCGCCUGUGACUCCCCAAUUUCCGGUCAGCAACUGUGCUCUAAAGCAGACGUUGUGGUUAAUGUAAUUGGCUCCACCAACAGAUUCAAAAUGAUCAUUUAUGGUCUAAAUCCACAACAAUUGAAGAAGCAUGAGAAGGAUUUGGUGAAAUCGAUUCGACAGUUCACUGGAAGUUGUAACCUGUUGACAAUUGAGAAAAUGAUUGAGCAUACAGCGAUUGAGAAUCAAAUCCGAACCGACAUCUACUGGUACGCUGUGAAUCCAACAACCAAGAAGAUUUGUAAAAAACAAGAAAUUCGUAAACUUUUCGAAACGUCGAAUGUUCAAUUGAUCGCUGGAAAAGUGCAACCGUGGUUCAGAUUGGAGAGAAUUUCGGAAGAUGCUGGCGAGGAGGGAAGUGUGUCUGGAGCGGGAGGAAUUCUAUCAACCAACUGGAAGACGUCCAAUAUUCUAUUGCUCAUUCUAGCAGUUGCCAUUGCUCUUGGAGCUAUCAUAGCCCUAUGUGCAGUCUGUGUCUUCUGGAGUCGCUACAAAACCGCACAACGAAAUGCAUCAAAUUUCUCACAUUCUUAUCCUCAAAAACUGGGACCAAUUUACCAUCCAAGUAUGGCUGGAAUCGAUCCACGAACAGAAUACGAUUAUGAGACACAAAAUGUGAAUAUGCUGAUUUCCGAUGAAGACUUGACUAUGAAAAGUGGAUCUGUUGGAGUGCCUGCACAUCAGAGAAUGGGAUUCGGUGGUCCGGGAGGUCCACCAGGACCCGGAAAUGGGAAUCAAAACUAUCGAACAUAUGGAUACAGACCGGCGCAGAGUACGGCGUAUGAAGGAGAUUUUAGUUGUCAACUGAAAUUUGAAACUUUCAGCAUAGAAGAAUCAAUGUACGCCAUAAAUCCAUCGGGAAGACUGGAUCCUGUUACGAAACGUAUACAGACAAUCGUGAUUCCAACACCGGACUACCAUCAACGUACACACCCGAAUCAGCACAAAAACAAUUUCGCGGUGGAAAACAAUAAUCGAUUCGAUCACAGAAAUAGGAAUGCACCAGCGAAACGAUCGGGAUUCAGAGGAAGCAGACCGGCGGGACAAAUUCUAAAACUCAAAUUUCAGAACAAUAUCCGUCAUCAGGAAGUCCACAAAAACCUCCUCCACAAAUUCGUUCAUUCGAAGCUCCGCCCCCUUCUUCUCAUCCAUGGCUCCGCCCACUUCCACAGCCACGUGGCAACCCGAACAACAGAGGAGAUUGUACUAGAAGACAUGGAAAUGCAACGUCUUCUGGUUUCUCAUCAUCGUCACGUCAUCAUCAGAAUGUGCCGCCACGUGGACCGAUGA